AAUGAUUUCUGAAGGAUCAUGUGACACUGAAGACUAGAGUAAUGACUACUGAAAAUAUUUGCAAUAUCCAUUACUUUAUAAUAAUAUUUCACUAUUUUUACUGUAUUUUUAGAGUGACUUUCGAAAAGAUUUUUAACGAUCACAGAUUUUGAAUGGUAGUGUAUAGAUCUACCCUCAUAUUUUAGGUAGGGGGUUCCUCAGCACAUUUGUGGGUCUGUGCCAUAAAGUUUACAAGCCCUGAUUCAGCAGAUGCUUACUUAUUUAACACUACAGGGACAGCUGUACUAUUCACUGUGUGUGUUAUGGAGAAACAGUGAGAGCGAGGGUGGGAGAUAAAGGGAGAGAGAACGAGAACUGCCCCCCUUUAAUGCCCAAUAACCCAGAUAUGCCUGUCCAGUACGAGCCAGUGAGUUUUGAAGGGGGAAACACACAGAUCCUCUCAGUGAUGGGCUGUACAGGAUGGAGGCUCCUCUGGUUGGCCUGCACGGCAUCCACUCUUCUUCAAUAUGGUGCAGUCCGGGUGACCGUGAGCGAGUCUAGUGUGGACGUUGUGCAGGGAGAUUCUGUCACGCUGUCCUGUUCAUUCUUCACCAUGAUGCCCUUGUACAGACUCAGCAUCAUCUGGACCCUGACCCCGCUCUCAGACCCCGACUCCCCCAUACAGGUGAUCGUGUAUGAUAACGGACAGGUGAUUGAAAGCCCUUCGUUCACGGGCAGGGUGGGGUUUGUAGGAACGCCCUGGAGUGCGGGCAUCAUUCUGAACUACACGCGUGUCUCUGACGCCGGAGUCUAUCGCUGUGUGGUCAGCAACCCACCUGAGACUGGAGACCCGGGCAUAGGAGAGCUCAGCCUCACUGUUUUGGCACCUCCGUCUCUUCCCGUGUGUCUAUGGGAAGGGGACACCGAAGCUGGAGGCAAUGUGCGACUGUCCUGUGUUGUGGCAGAGGGCUUUCCUACUCCACAGGUGAUCUGGGAGAAGCUAGAACCCGAUAAGAUGACACUGCCAGUGAACAUGGAUGGUGACACGACGGGCUCGGUGCACAUUGUCAAUGUGUCUGCGCAGACCUCUGGCCUCUACCGCUGUUCAGUGACCAACCCACUGGGAACCCAGCACUGCUACAUUAACCUGUCUGUCUAUACACCUCCGGAUAAUUCUCCCGGCAUCCUGCAGGGUGUGCUGUUGAGUCUCUCCAUGGCCCUGCUCCUGCUGGCUCUGAUGGUGCUGGUGCUGUGGCUCCACCGUUCGGCACAGGAGAGCAAAUGGAGGAACAGCCACGAGGAAGAUGAGUGCUAUAAUGAGAUCAAAUACACACCCUCUCUCAUUAAACGCUCUUUUGUUUGAGACAAGGAUGGGAAGUGAUCAUCUGGAUCAUCUCUGCACUAAUCUAUGGUGAAGGCCAGUUUGUGUCAGGCUACAUAAAGCACACAUUUAUACAUUUUCUGAUAAAGAAUCCUUUCAGGUCCAGUGCUUUUUAAGUGCUUAAAUGCAUUAAAGUUACCCAAAGACUACAGACACGGUAAUUGAUAGCAUGCCACAAAUGCUAUAAAAUCCAUUUGAAUUGUAUUUAACCCAGAAUAUAAAGUUAGGGGCUUCUAAAGCACAAG